AUGCCGGCUACCGAGGAGUCGCCACCUCCGACCAUUCCCCAAAUGGAGGUGGUCACCCAAUCAAAUGGCGCCGAUCCCGAGGACAUCACCCUCGAUUCCAUAUUGAAGCACAUUGGGCAGUUCGGUCGCUUUCAGCUGUUCAUCUUCCUGCUGAUCUGCUUGCCAAUGAUGUUCCAUGCCAUGUUCUCGGUGACGUACGUCUUCACGGCCGGAACUGUGAUGCACAGAUGCAACAUUACAGAGUGCGACGGGCCCAAUAGCCGCUACGAGGAGCCCUGGACAGAGUACAGCAUACCAAAGAAUGGCAAGGAUUUGGACAAGUGCCGUCGCUACGAGAACAAAGAGCUCUCCAGCUGGAAUCAAACUGCGGACAUUUGUGUGGCAAGAAAUUACAACAAGGAUAACGCCGAGCGAUGCGCCGACAACGAUUUCGUAUUCCGUGAUCAAGAAUUAACCAUUUCCAAUGACUUUGGAAUUUACUGCGAAGAUGAGUGGAAAUUAUCGCUGGUCGGCACCAUCAAUAAUCUGGGGCAAUUCUUUGGCAUACCACUGGGAGGUGUUGUGGCUGAUCGCUAUGGCCGCAGCUUUUCCAUUGCGCUGGGCGGCAUUUUUGGGGCCGUGCUGGGCGUUGUGCGCUCGUAUUCGCCCAGUUAUAUUUGGUUUUUGAUCUUUGAGUUCUUGGACAAUCUGACCAGCAGCACGCUCUACUCCACGUGCUUCAUCAUCGGCAUUGAGCUCGUCGGACCGAAGCGGCGGGUGCUCGCCUGCAGCGUGAUCACCGUUUUCUAUGCCGUGGGCGAGGUGGCGCUGGCCAUGUUCGCCAAGGGCUUCCAGAACUGGCGCAAUCUGCUGCGGAUCACCUACGGGCCGUCGCUGAUCCUGCUGGCCUACUUCUGGAUACUGCCCGAGAGCGUGCGCUGGCUGCUCAGCGUCGGCAAGGAGGAGCGUGCCCGCGGCAUAUUGCGACGCGCGGCCAACGUGAACAAGCGCAGGCUGUCGGAGAGUGUGCUGGACAAGCUGGUCAUCGCCAACAAGGACAAGCUGCAGCAGUCCGAGGAGAGCAAGUUUCCCAUUCGCGAGGCCUUCCGCAACUUCAAAUGGCGCAUCGCCAACUGCUCGCUCUGCUGGAUUGUCAAUGUCCUGGUCUACUAUGGGCUGAGCUUGAAUGUUGUGCUCCUGGAUGGCGAUAAGUAUAAUAACUUUGCUUACAUCGCGCUUGUGGAGAUUCCGGGCUUCUUCAUGCCGCUGCUCAUCAUGGAUCGCUUUGGCAGACGCUACUCGCUGUGCGGCCUGAUGAUCUUCAGUGGCCUCUGCUGCAUCGGCACCAUUUUCGCUGGAGGCGAUCAGCAGGUGCUGCAGCUGGUGCUCUUCCUGGUGGGCAAGCUGACCAUCACGGCCAGCUUCCAGGUGCUCUACUUCUUUGCCUCGGAGAUCUUUCCCACCAACCUGAGGAACAGCCUGCUCAGCUUCUGCUCCAUGAUGGGCAGAUUUGGCUCCAUGCUGGCGCCGCAGACGCCGCUGCUGGCCAAGUAUUACGCAAACGCUCCCGCCAUUCUCUUUGCCUGCGCCGCCAUCUUCAGUGGCUGCCUCACGCUCUUCUUCCCCGAGACCACGAACCUUGUGCUGCCCACCACGGUCAAGGAGGCGCACGCCAUCGGUGUCAAGAAACCGCCAAAGGAUCAGAGCAUCAACCAACCCGCAUAACAGCCUUACUCUCUAGUCUAUAAGCACUUUAUAGUUCUAAGACAACCACGAGACAGUUCAAAGACAACUUUGCAUUAUAUAUCAUGUGUACCUAUAUAUAUCUCUAUUUGUCAUUAUUUUGUCUUAAGUACUUCGAGAUAUUAAUUAAAAUAGACUACAUUCGCUGCUCCACUCAGAGCCAAAAAUA